AGUGAUUCGGAUAUUCCCUUGUGCAACCGACCAAAACCUAAUGAAGUAACGACAACGUAAACGAAGCUUCUCAAUAUCCGCGCUUCAAGGAGCCUGACUACACACAGCCCACAACCUCCAACCCUCGUCUCCAUGUCUCAGGAACAGCUUUAAAAAGUGAGACCUUGACACUCGUGACACUCGUGACAUCCGUCAAACAAAAUAAAAGAAUGAAAAAGCGGGAACAAAUGGCCCUUUCAAAAUCGGAGGAAUCCCCUUCUCAACCUCGUGCUUCCGUUUUCGCCUCGUUGCAUCGCAAACCCCACCCCGACCCCAGAGGUGGCACAGAUGGAGCAGCGGAAAAGGCGCUUGAGACGCGUGUCGAAGCCAUAAAAGCUGCGAAACGUUACCUCCUCGAAACAAUCCGGGAUGACUGGUCCUACGAAUACCAAUCUGCUACUCCUCCUCCCAAGUCGGACCCCAACCACGUGUACGUGCCAUUACAACCGCAAUCAUCUAUUCAAUGCGACACUUCAGAUGGAGGAGUACAAGUACAUGCGCGCCAGGUACGGGAAUGGCGGGAGCGGGAACAGGAUAGCUCUUGUUCGGAGAGCGGGGGAGGUGUGGGGGUAUUUACGGGAAUAUGUCCGGGACCGUUUAAUUUACUAUCAGCUUCACCUAAGAUGAAAGACUCUUACAGGUUUCAGUCCCCGGACGCCGUGCGGGAGAGUGUUUUGGAAAAAAAAAGGAAGCGAAGGAAGGUUGUGGAGGAAGAAGCAGCAUGGAAUGAAGGGUUGAGGAUAUGGAUAGAGAGGCGGGAUGCGUGGACGGGGGCUAUAUUGCGCAAGCCGACAGCAGUGAGUCAGAGGAGUGGAUCUAUUUUGGGUGCUACAGGGAGCAGUGAGGCGAGUGGUGCUGGGAGCUGUGCCAAUGAGGAGAGUGAGGAUGUGGAUAUGGCUCCUCUGGAACCUUCCGAGAAAGGGGAUACUUCAUCGCAACCGCUAUCUUCCUCAGGCACAGAUAUGCAGACAGCAAAAGCUCGGAUAAGUUCGCCUCCUGAUUCACUAGGCAAUAAGGGAAUCAACGGAGCCGCCUCGCCCAUCAAUACCUAUACCAAUCCCGACUUUAACCCCAACCACCUGCGUGUUCCAGAUUCUGAAGAACCCCUAAUCCCCGUUGUGGAACCUCUCCUCCCAAUCACAAACCCCGUUCGGGCCUCUAUAAAGCCCGCCAUAUACCCAUCCAUCUACAGCAAAGUCGUCAUCCAAUCCCUAACACCGGCCAUACCAAUAAACCUCUCAGAUGUUACCAAGGCCCUCGUCCAGGGCUGGAAGGCGGAUGGUGAAUGGCCACCAAAACCAACCGUCACCCAAGACGUAUCUAUCGUGAAAAAAAGGCUAGGAGGAAAUAAACCUCCUCCCACCGAGGAUGCAAGGAAAUCCAGAGGGCUGAGUGGUUCAAGUGUUACGGGUGCCGUGAAGAAGGUUCUGGGGUUAUCUGGUAUCAACACUGGCCGCCGCUUCCACAUUCGUGGCGGGAGCCAUGUCGGUGCGGGUACCAGUGCGGGUGCGGGUUCACCGACUGCAUCGGGUGUUGCGUCGAAUGAAGUUGCGGAGACACAUUAGUUUAUGGUGAAUAAAGUUGAGGCGAUGAAGAUAUAUGACGAGGACACGUGCAUGUGGAUUCUAGCAUUGGCUGUGCGUUGUUUUUCGUUGUCUCUUUUUGAAUACCUAUCUGCAUCCAAAACAUGAUUAAUGAUGACGACGGCGACGAUGAUAGUGAUGAUGAUGAAAUCAUAGCGUCUUUGUACCACGUUUGACUUUGCACACUCCAUAUUGCAUAGUGCAUGGUGCGUUGGAUUGGGGACAUCUGUUUUCGGGUAUAUUGUGUUUUUCUAUCUAGGUUAAUAUUCCAUCAUCUCAACUUCAAGAUAUCUUGUUUCUUGAUCGUGGUUGCUGUGGGCGUUUAAUCGUGAAGCUACAAGGGUACUGGAGAGUUAUCAUAGCCGUUUCACUUUGUGUAUUUAACAAAUACAUAAAAAGCGACCGAUUCCUCCUUUACCUGUAAAAUUAAAAGUCAUGAUCUACGUUGUUUGUAGAAACAACCGAAUGGCCAUAAUUAGUUUGCUCAUCAAUGUAUAUUAUAUAUAUAUAUAUAUAUGUCUA